UUGGAGAUGCAAUGAGAUGCCUUGAUGAUGAUGCAAUCAAAAGAGAAGAGUUUAAAAGACAUGAACAAAUUCAGCAAACAACCCUAAUAAAUCUCAAAAGAAUGACAACAACACACAAAACAAGCACACUUGACAAAGAAAAGGAAAAGGAUUUGAAGAAGCAAUCAACUAGUGAAUACAAGUACGAGCUAGAACCAUACUAUGCACACUCAACCAAGAGUAUUAACUGCUUCCCAGACCAAAUUCUUGGGAGGGAGAGGCCGGGUCAAAUUCCUGGCCUCCAAGGCCGCUCUUCGGAGCGUCCUAAGCGUCAAGCGGUUGGCCUCCCAGAAGGAGACGCACGCGUAGGGCAACCCGUGUUUCUUGCAAAGCUCCUUCACAAAAGGAGAAACCUUCCUGAGGUGGCAUCUGGGCAACCUCGGAAACAGAUGGUGCUCGAUCUGGAACUGCAGCCCCCCGUGGAACCAAUCCAUCCAAUGAGGACAUGAGAUGUCCAGCGACCCGUACGUCUGCUUCUUGAACCAGUCGCUGCUCGUGGGCGGGCCCACGUACACGCUCGUCGAGAAGUGGUUAAGGCAGAACUGGAUGUGCUGAAUUCCUGUGACCGAGAAGCUAGCCAGCACAAACAUGAUCCUCUCCCCCCAGUUUGGUAGAAAGGAAACAAGAUAGGGGUACCAAACCCAGAAGGCGAGGAGCCCCAAAAGCUCUUGGGCCCGAUUGGGCACUUUUCGGGCGGAUAGCAAAAGAGAGAAGGAUUGGGAAAAGAGAUUGAGUCGGGCUAAGCACAUGACUGGAUAGAAAGUCCAGUGCUGGUGACUGAUGAAGAAUCUGGCGAAGGAGUCGAAGAUCAUCUUUCUGUCAUAGAAGCAUGAGUUGAGGGAGGUGAAGAGCUUGGAGGAAACGGCGAAGAGGGGCAUGUGCUGGAGAUCCGGGUCGAAAUCCAGGCUGUUGCAAGAUAUGUGGUGAGCAUUGUGGUUCCAAUUCCACCACCCGAUGCUUAUUCCGGCCAGGCAGUUCCCGGUGAGGAUCUGGGCGAACCGAUUCCAGCUUUUGUUCAUCAUGAUCUGAUAAUGCCCGGAAUCGUGACCUAACCAUCCACUCUGAAUCCAUAGGAAUCCCAUCAGCCCCCCACUGCCCAAGUGAGCCCACCAUUUCUCACUGCACACCACUCCAUACACGCUCGCAGCGAAGAUCAGUGAGAUGAAACAGAGCGAGAGGAGGACUCCGUGCCCUUUUUUGUCGAACAACCCCAUUUCUGUGAAAUCCGCGGCGAGUUUCCGGUAAUCCUUGGACACGUCGGAGACGGUGUGGUCGUUCAGGAAAUAGCCGUUGGAGUGGCGGGAGAGGUGCUUCCAGGCGGCGGGUGGGUGGAAGGCGACGAAGGAGUCGGUGACGUCUUGGCCGGCGAGGGUGGUGAGAGGGAGGGAGCCGCCGGGAUGGGUUUUGACCCACUCUGACACGUCGUACACCUUGCCGUGAAUGGACAGCCACAGGUCUCCGGCUUUGUUGUGCUUCUUCAGCUCGUCUGUGGAAAUGUACUUGGCCAUUGGCCGCUGGGAAGAAUGGAGAAGAGGAGCCUAGCCGGGUUUUGUUUUUGGCAGAGGAAUCAAACAAACGAACAAGAAACAAGGAAUUCGUAUGAUGAUGAUUUCAAGAGGAGAAGGGGGUGGGUAUCUUUUUGGAACACGCACAUGUGAAGCCGGGCAGAGGAGUCGGAGGGAGG